AUGGCGAAGGCUCGAAGUGCUGAGAAAGCCGCGCAAGCAGAUGCGGAGGACAGUCGCGAUGGCCUCGAAAUUAUCUCCAUCGGCUCCCUCUACAAAGGAUCCUGGGACAAGAAGUAUUGGACCACCUCUAGGGGAAAAGAUCGGUAUCCAUAUCCUGUUGGUUAUCAAGCUUUUAGAGCAUAUAAUGGGGCCACUUAUAAGAUGGAAAUUUGUGAAGGUGUCAAUGGCCCUAGAUUUUUGAUUUCUUCUGACGAUGGAAGUUCAUCUUCUGGGAAAACUCCUGACCAAGCAUGGGAGGAAUUUCAGAAGAAAGGCUGCCCCCGCAUCAAGAUUUGGCAUGGGAAGAGACUUUCAUCUAAGAUGGAUGGCUUGGAGCUUUUUGGGUUCAAAAAUCAGUUUAUCCAGAGGCUGCUCCGGGAAUUGGUGACAAAUGUAAAUGGAAUAGCAGAACGGAGCUUGGUAUCCCCAAACACCUGUGACGGAGUUACUAGAACAGAUCGUGAUGAUUGCUGCCCAAAUGUUGGGGCAUGUCCUGAUUUACUACUUGGCCUCGGAAAACCACAUGCUACAAGGAAGAGAAGCAGAUGUCAAGUUAAAAACAAAAAAUUAAAUGUACGAGCUAGACCCUCAAAUGUAAAGAAUGAGGAGAGUCGUGGUCAGGGGAAUUCAGAAGUGCAUGAGGUCGACAGUCAAAUUGGUGUGCCAGUCCCCUUGCAAAGGACAUCUUCCGUUUGUAAAAGCCAUAAUUGCAUUUCAUCCAAAAAUGAGUUCCUGUUGAAUCCUCAUGAAAUAUAUGAUGAUAAAGAAGUGAGAGAUGCACCAUCUAAAGGAUCGGCUGGUUUUGUCUAUUCUGAAAGUUGCAAACCUAAAGAACUAACUGAAAACUUGUCCAUAGAAGAACCCCUUCAUAGGUCGCAUGAUGUGGAGUUGAAGAUAUCUAAUUUGUUCGUGACAUCAGAAGACAGGAAACUAAUGCAGUCAUAUUCUAAAGAGUCUGUAGGUUGUGUUGGGAUUGAUCUUCGUGCUCCUGAUACCCUAGAUUUUUACACUGCAGAAAAUACUCCUGAUUCUUCGCCAAGUGAACUGCAUGAAAAUGCAUACAUUGAGACAGCUUGUGAGAUCACCUCUGGAGAAUUGUUAAAUGCAGAACAUGAAGAAGUGGUCAAAUUUAAUUCAAAUCCAAGCUCCCAAAAAACUGAUUUUGGUUCAGCUGGUCAGGAUGUGGCAAACUCAAUGAUGUCACUUCUGCUUCCUCAAGCAGUUCCUCUAUUGAGGACUGUUACAACAAGUAAGGAGUUUGUCAUUAGCCCUAAUGAUAUGCCGCCUUCUCAGGUGAAUUCCACGGAGGAACAUAAUAAAAUUGGAUAUAGUUUGCAUGUACCAUCAUCUGGUAAAUACUACCCUAUCUACACUAUUGUUUCUGGGCAUUUGAUAUAG